GCGUCAUCAUCAUUUACCCGCGUAUGUUGAACACUUUGUUUGGCGGGAUUGGGCAGAGAAGAAGUAACCCCGUCGUCCAUUCGGAACCAUGGAGUUUUUUAGCAGAAAGAAGAAGUCCAUCUCCAACUCUCAGGCGGAGCUCUAUGGAAAUCCUCUGCAGUUCUAUGGGCAGCCACCUCUGGAAAACAUCUCUCUCACUGAAUUUGAGGCUUUAGCUGUGGAUCGACUGAAAUUGUUAAAGACCGUGGAGAAUUUGGGCGUGAGCUGCGUGAAACUGUCAGAUCAGUACACAAGAAAACUGGAUUCUGAGUCUAAAACCCUGAACUUUGUUUACAGACCUGACACUGAUGACAGAAAACCUCAGAAUGGACCAAGUGAGUAUGAGAAACGAAGAAAGGACCACAUCUCCCACUUUAUUCUCAGACUCGCCUACUGCCAGACGGAGGAUCUGCGACGGUGGUUUAUACAACAGGAAGUUGAUCUUUUCCGCUACCGCUUCAAUAACCUAUCUUCAAAGCAAAAGCUUGAAUUUCUUCACAGAAAUAAUCUGCAAUAUAACACUAUUAGUGUCGAGGAGAAGAAGGUUCUGCAGGAUAAACUUGUCAACUCCAGUUACACCGUCAGUGGAAUCACGGUGGAGGAUCAGGACUUCUACAAAGUCCCAUUUCAAGAUGCCCUGGAUCUCGUGCGAACAAGGAAAGUGUACCUCAAAGCAGGCUACGUGUACAUCCCUCACCAGGACAUCGUCACCAUUGUUCUCAACGAUUUCCGCACCAAGCUUUCUAAAGCUCUUGCGCUGACAGCCCGCUCGCUACCAGCAGUGCAUUCUGAUGAACGGCUCCAACCGCUCCUGAACCACCUCAGUCAUGCUUAUGUGGGGCAGGACUACAGCAUCCAGAAGAAUGUGGGGAAAAUCUCCUUGGAACAAAUCGAUCCACUUUCUGGAAAGUCGUUCCCGCUCUGCAUGAGGCAGCUCCACCAGGCCCUCAGAGAGAACCACCACCUCCGCCACGGCGGUCGCAUGCAGUACGGCCUCUUCCUCAAAGGUGUCGGCCUCUCCCUGGAGCAAGCGCUGCAGUUCUGGAGGUCAGAGUUCAUAAGAGGCAAAGUGGAUUCGGACAAGUUUGACAAAGCAUAUGCCUACAGCAUCCGCCACAUGUUCGGCAAAGAAGGCAAGCGAACAGACUACACCCCCUACAGUUGCAUGAAGGUGAUUUUAUCAAACCCACCGAGCCAAGGGGACCACCAUGGAUGUCCUUUCCGUCACAGUGACCCGGAGCUGCUGAAGCAGAAGCUCCAGGUCUACAAAGUGUCUCCCAGUGGGAUCACUCAGAUCCUGGAGCUGGUUAAAGGGAUGCACUUUCAGCUGGCGUGCCAGAAGUACUUUGAGCUGACACACAAUAUUGAGGACGCCACUUUCUCGCUGAAUCACCCCAACCAGUACUUCAUCGAGAGUCAGAAGGUGUUGGGCGGAGGCAAGGACAUAAAGCGAGAGACGGACGCUCCACAGAGGUCGCAGGAAGCUUCGGCCUCCAGAGGAACCGGUGCAGCUGGAGAGUCGGCAGCAGACACCUCCCAGGCUUCGGAUGAGAAGACGGAGGACCUGGACUCCUUCUUUCAAGAUGCUUGAUUUUAAUUGUAAUUUUUCUGUGAGGACGGCAGUUAGCGUUGGUACUUAAAAUAACUUUAGCUGAAUCUGGCUUUCGAAGCCACUGUACAUGACAUGUUAAGAAAUAAAGUCGCAUAUCAUUCA